AUGUCGCCGGCUUAUAGCGAUACAAUUAGCAAAAAGAAGUCCAGAAAGUCACUUAGAUCAGCAACAGUUGGUACAUUAGAUCACGAUCAUGAAGCUCUUCACAGUGAUGAUUCUUCUAUCAAUCUGGCUAGCGAUGAGACACUGGCCUUAUCGACGCCACUAGUCCGAGUCCAGCAGUCUGAUGUGGCUGCGAGCGGGUUGUCUCCCGCCUCAGUUAGGAAAAGCAAGCGCCUACGUUAG